AUGUCAGACCGCAAGACCAGGCUGCUGGCAUUGCACGGCAAAGGUACUUCUGGCAGGAUCAUGAAGACGCAGAUCAAGCCCAUCGUCGACGUUCUCGGCGACGUACUCGAAGUGCACUACAUGGAUGGUAGCGAGCUGUCGGCUCCGUAUCAAGGCAUCGAGAGCAUCUUUCCGAAACAGAAGUACUACGCAUGGUAUCAGCAGCCCACGCGUGAGGCUCUUCAGCUCGCUCACGACCGGAUCGCUAUGCGACUGUCUCCAUCGAUGGCUCUGGCCCUCACGCCACACGAGGUACAAGCAGGUCCAUUCGGAGCGAGCUUCCUGCCACAGGCGGCCGAUCUGCCCACUCCGCCCGAGACUCCGUCCAUUGCGACGCCGAUGUCCUCGACAGACCAAGCACCCAAGCGCCGAGUGUCGGACGACAUGGCUGUCGCACUCCCCAAGCUUGGCGAGACGGGUCGACCUUGGCUGCCGAACCCGAUUGCGGGCAUGGAGACGCCGAGGUCGUAUCCGAGUACGGCGGGCGUUCGAACGCCUCUGGAUGCCGAUUUCGCUCCGUAUGAUGGUCUGAUCUGCUUCUCGCAGGGAUGCGCGGCAUCGACAGGGUUGCUGUUGGCGCUCAAUGCCAGGCUCGGCUGCAAGGCACCCUUGCCUGUCCAGUUCGUGAUCCUGAUUUGCGGUGGACGGCCUUUUGAAGCAGAUGGAAGCAUGGAGAGGGUGCAAUCGACCAAGGUGACGCCCAUCGCGAUUCGGAGUGUCCAUAUCCAUGGCCUCCAGGACCCGAACUACGAAGAGUCGAAGCGGCUGGCCUGUCUGUACAGCGAUGUGCACAGAGAGGUGAUCGAGCUCGAUAUUGGCCACUGUCCGCCCAGACGCACUGCGGACGUCCAUCUGGUUGCGGCUGCCAUUCGCCGCACCAUCGCUGGACUGUACUGA